CGGGAGGCCCCGCCCCCCGCCCACGAGGAAGUGGCUGCUGAGCCGCGAGGGGCCCAGAGCCGGUUCGGCGCGUCGACUGCCCAGAGUCCGCGGCCGGGGCGCCCCGAGGAGCUGAGCGGCCAUGGCUUACCACAGCUUCCUCGUGGAGCCCAUCAGCUGCCACGCCUGGAAUAAGGACCGCACCCAGAUUGCCAUCUGCCCCAACAACCACGAGGUGCACAUCUAUGAGAAGAGCGGGACCAAGUGGGUCAAGGUGCACGAGCUCAAGGAGCACAAUGGGCAGGUGACAGGCAUCGACUGGGCCCCCGAGAGUAACCGGAUCGUGACCUGUGGCACAGACCGCAACGCCUAUGUGUGGACACUGAAGGGCCGCACAUGGAAGCCCACGCUGGUCAUUCUGCGGAUCAACCGGGCUGCCCGCUGUGUGCGCUGGGCCCCCAACGAGAACAAGUUCGCUGUGGGUAGUGGCUCCCGUGUCAUCUCCAUCUGCUAUUUUGAGCAGGAAAAUGACUGGUGGGUGUGCAAGCACAUCAAGAAGCCCAUCCGCUCCACGGUCCUGAGCCUGGACUGGCACCCCAACAAUGUGCUCCUGGCCGCGGGCUCCUGUGACUUCAAGUGCCGGAUCUUCUCAGCCUACAUCAAGGAGGUGGAAGAGCGGCCAGCACCCACCCCGUGGGGCUCCAAGAUGCCAUUUGGGGAGCUCAUGUUUGAGUCCAGCAGUAGCUGUGGCUGGGUGCAUGGCGUCUGCUUCUCAGCCGGUGGCAGCCGCGUGGCCUGGGUCAGCCACGACAGCACCGUGUGUCUGGCCGAUGCCGACAAGAAAAUGGCCGUCGCAACUCUGGCCUCUGAAACACUGCCGCUGCUGGCCCUGACCUUUAUCACGGAGAACAGUCUGGUGGCAGCGGGCCACGACUGUUUCCCAGUACUGUUUACCUACGACAGCGCCACGGGCACACUGAGCUUCGGCGGGCGGCUGGAUGUGCCCAAGCAAAGCUCUCAGCGUGGCCUGACGGCCCGCGAGCGCUUCCAGAACCUGGACAAGAAGGCGAGCUCGGAGGGUGGUGCGGCUGCCGGCUCGGGCCUGGACUCGCUGCACAAGAACAGUGUGAGCCAGAUCUCGGUGCUCACCGGGGGAAAGGCCAAGUGCUCCCAGUUCUGCACCACGGGCAUGGAUGGCGGCAUGAGCAUCUGGGACGUGAAGGUAAGGCCUGUCCCACUGUGGCCCUUC